AGGCAAACCUGUUUGAAGAUGUGCGUUUUUCAGUCUCGUCCUCUGAUUGGCUGGAGCGCACGGUUACAUGUGACGUACCCGGGCGAACAUGGCGCUCGAAAGCGGAGGUGAUGCUGGACCGUGUCAACUAACCCUACCGUCUUAAUUUUCGUCUGUUAACCGUUUAAAUUCUAUGAAAACCCAGUAUAGAUAAUAUGAUUCCUCAAGUGACAUAAUGAACCAGUGUGGUGUUUUAAACAAUGAAGGACGGCAGCAAGUGAGAAACCGCUGUCUACCGGUAACUAGCGUCCGCUAGGUUAGCACUGCUUAGCCGCACUGUUGAUGGUCACGCUGCUAACGCUUUAGCCAGCUAUGCUAGAUGUUUUGGUUCUCCUAUCACCAGGACCGUAGCAGUAGGUAGUUUUACACACAAAUGACUCUUUUGUAUUAUUUACUUUGACAAUAGUGUGUCCUAGUAGUUUAGAGGUGACUAGUGAGCUAGUCGAGCUGGGACCAUGGCCAGGCUCCGUGUGUGGAUGUUGCUACUCGGAGCGGCGCUUCUGGAGCUCGCGCAGCUGUGUGAAGGCGCGCCUCUUCCGCGUGCACAAUCAGCAGGGGAUUCUGCAGAUGAACCACAUUUCCCUCUGAAUCUUUUGCUGGUUGUGUCUGUGUCUGUCCUGGUGGCCACAGUGGUGGUGCUGCUCAACUGCGUGACCUGCUGCAAAGAACGAGAGAUCAACUUUAAGGAGUUCGAAGACAACUUUGAGGAUGAGAUCGACUUCACCCCUCCUGCAGAAGACACCCCAUCUGUGCAGUCUCCAGCUGAGGUGUACACACUGGCUGUGCCGCAGGUGCCCAUGCCUGGACCUCCACACCUCCAACUGCCCCGGAUAGCAGAAGUCUCGACAGGCCCACAUGUGGCACGCCACACUCUUAGUUACAUUCAGGAGAUUGGGAGCGGCUGGUUUGGCAAGGUUUUGCUCAGUGAGAUCUACUCAGACCCCAGUAUAGCCAGAGUGGUGGUCAAAGAGCUGAAGGCCAACGCCAGCUCCAAAGAGCAGAAUGAUUUCCUUCAGCAAGGAGAUCCGUACAGGGUUCUUCGGCACCCAAAUAUACUGCAUUGCCUUGGGCAGUGUGUGGAGGCGAUUCCUUUCCUGCUUGUCUUUGAGUACUGUGAACUGGGGGAUCUGAGAAGCUAUGUUACUCAGCAUGAAUGGCUGUACAGGAACGGAGAGCUGCUGCAGCUGCAGAAGAUGGCCUGUGAGAUCGCUGCUGGACUUACUCACCUGCACAAGCACAACUUCCUGCACAGUGAUUUGGCCCUGAGGAACUGUUAUCUUACAACAGACAUGACUGUCAAAAUAGGAGACUAUGGCAUUGGCCCCUCAAGGUUUAAAGAGGAUUACAUCACCACAGAGGAGGACCAGUGUGUCGCUUUGCGAUGGCUUGCACCGGAGCUCGCUGGUGAAUUGCAUGGAGGUGUGAUAACAUCAGAACAAACUAAGCCUGGCAAUGUUUGGGCUUUGGGUGUGACCUUAUGGGAGCUGUUUGAGAGGGGAACACAUCCCUAUACACAUCUGUCAGAUAAAGAGGUUCUUCACCAUGUCAUCCGCGAUCAACAAAUCAAACUCCUCAAGCCUCACCUCGAUCUACCUUACUCAGAAAGAUGGUAUGAGGUACUGCAGUUUUGCUGGCUGCCUGCAGACAAAAGGGCCACAGCUGAGGAAAUUCACCGGCUGCUCACCUACCUCCGGAUGCAGGGGCAAAAAGAAAUUGAAGAUGACUUUGAGCAGCGUUGGAGCUCUCUGAAGCCUAAUCCUUCCGCUCGGCAGACUACUGUCAGCCAUUCAUCCUUCCCUAUCUUAGAGCAGUUUGAUGAUGGCCGAGAACCAGAUGAGGUGCUCACUGUGACUGAGACGAGCCAUGGUCUUAGUUUUGAGUAUGUGUGGGAAGCUGCAAGACACGACCACUAUGACAGCCACAAUCGCUCUUCCGUGGAAACCACUCUCAAUUACCACAGCAUGUUCUUUCCUGUGCCACGGCAAGACAUCCAGGCUCACUUCCCCGAGACUGGAGGUGAAGCAGAGGCUGAAAGAGUCCCAGGGACCCUGCCAGUGUUUGAUGCACGAGAGGGCAACUCUGGGAACGAGUACUACAUUCAGUUAGAGGAGCAAGAUGAAAGUGACCUUGGAGUCAUGGACAGUCAGAGCGCUGAGGGAGCCACUGCAUCAAACAAGGAGCCGUAUGUCAUCUUACAGGACGUUAAGUUAGACGAGUCAAGCACAGAUGCAGAUUUCUUUCAUCAGAGCAUAGACUCUAAAGACUCAUUUCUUCAGGACAGCCAUAUAUGGUCCUCGAGUGAACAUGAGAGUCCUUACCAAGCAGACAUUUUCAGUGAGAAAGAUUCAAAAUUAGAGGAACCUCAUUCGUUUAGAAGUGGUUUCAUGGAGCUCCCGGAGAUUCGAUCUUUUCAUGGCAACACCAAAGUCACAGUGGAGAAUGAAGGUCUGAGCACUUCUUUUUUAGGUAUCGAACAAGAAGCUGUUCAUUCAGGAGACUUUGAUGGAGGGAAUGCGGAUGUAAUAAAGCUUCUAAACACAGAGAAACUGGUUGACAACUUUGUGUUCCUAAAAGAAAACAGCCUAAUUAAAGAGAGCUCUGGUUUUCCAGAGUCUAGAGACAUGCAGGAAACCGAUGUAUCGCUAAACCUCUUUGAUGAUGUAGAUGCUACAAAUAAUUUGAAUGGUACUGAUGACCCCUCAGAAUCUGUAGUAACUUCUGCACAGCUUAGGGAGGAAUUCUUGGACUUGGUAAAUCCAAUUUUAAGAGAUUUCCUAUCACCUUUAAAAGAAAGUGAAACACUGGUGCCUUCAGAUAUAUUCUCAACAGAAGAAACCUGUAGCAACCAGCUGCCAGAUAAAACUGGCUCUUCAAAUGAGGAAAAUGCUAAAUUAGGUGGUUGGAUUUAUUCUACUCCUGAGUCUACCUCUGAGAGCGCCGAGAUCGCUGUUCCAAAUCCAACCAAUAGUCAUCAGUUUAAUGAUGAAAAUGCUGCCACAGACAAUUUGUGCACAGAUGCCAAUACCUCUGGCCUUGAAGAAUGCCUCACUGUCUCUGAGGAGAACAGGCAGGACAUAGGAAUUGUAGGAGAGUGUUCUGAGCAGAAGAGCCAGCUCUCUUCACCUGUAGAUAAAUCUACUGAAGGAGUAGAUAGUGGUAUAACUGAAGGCUUAACAAGUAGUGACUCCUUCAGUGACAUGCUUUCAGAUGGGGAUGUCAUCAGCAAAAUCGAAGACGCUCCAUUGCAAGAAGCUCAGGAAGAACGCUUUGUGGACAACCAUAUUUCUCAGGAUAUGUCCUCACCAUUGAUCUUGGACUCUUGUUUGGACCAGAUCAGCCAGGACAGUCUUCUGGAGGACAGCAUUUCAUUCACUUUACCAGCUGUUGAGAAUUCAGCUGAAACACCUGAUUCAUUAGAUUCUCUGGACAUGCAUAGAGAGGUGGGGCAUGGGAAAACACUGGAUCCUUUCAUUCAUAAGCUCCAGCCACCUUACAGACCUGCUGACAGUGGAUAUGAAACCGAGAACAUUGAAUCACCUGAGUGGAAUUCUCAACCAAGCACGGACGAUGCCUCAGAGGAAAAUGUAAAAACUGCUAAAGAAGAUCCUGCUGCUGCAACGCUGACUCCUCCAGAAAUAAUAGUCUCUGAAGUGGACAGUGUACCUGAUGUUCAGGAAAAUGGAGAUGAUCUGCACCAAGAAAUUGGUGAUGCACCUGUUGGUGGAAGCUAUAGAGACUCUGCUUACUUCUCUGACAAUGAAGAGCUGGAUAAGAAGAGCGAUGACGUCAGCGGUGGAACUCCUGCUGAUGCAUCUCUUUGGGUUGAGAACUCUUCCACUGAUCAUAUGAGUGGGUCGACAGAAGGGAUCUCAUCUUUCCCGGAAUAUGUAGCUUCUGAUGAUCAGCAAGAACACACUGGUCCUACAGUUGAUGCUGAUGUGAAUUUGUCCAGAAAGACUGUCCAACCAGAGUUAGUCUUGAGUCCAGAAGAAGACUGGGAUAAAGCAAAGCCAGCAUCUGAUUUAACUCAGAAAGAAGAGAGGUUGGAAUCCUUUUCUGAUCUCUUAACAGAUCCACCUCUCUCCAGUUUUACCCCUGAAGCUCAUGAAGAUACAUCCUCUACCUCAGUAAUGCCUUCAGCCGAAAAUGUAGUCCAUGCAAAACUAGUGAGGACUUAUGCUGGGGAAGGCCCAAAGAAAAAGGAGCCUGAUAUGGAAGGAAGAUACCUUGGCAAGCUGGAGGGAGCUGCAGUGACCGGAGGUUCAGAAGACGGCAUGGAGGCUGAUGAGGAGGACGAGAACAGUGAUGACUCAGACGAUGACAUGCGCGCUUACAGACUGCACAGUUCCGGCUCUGAAAGCGAGGAUGAUGCUGUGCAUCCGGUGCCUGUUAUAGUGUCUGACAACAGUGACGCCUGCAACCUCAAAAGCUUGUUAAAACCUAAAUCGCUCCAGAAGGACAAAUCCACAACAGCAUCGAACAGUAACACAGAAAACAGAAGAGUAGUGUCCUUCUUUGAUGAUGUCACAGUUUACCUCUUUGACCAGGAAACUCCUACAAAGGAGCUUGGAGAGCACAUAUCAGGCUCCAACAGCCAGAUGUCUGAGUUCAGCAGCCCGGUGGCCUCCUCCAGUUACCUAAACAGAUUCACUAACUCAGAAAGCUCCACAGAUGAAGAAGGUGGUGCUUUUGAGUGGGAUGAUGAUUUCUCUCCAGAGCCCUCCUUCCUCCCUAAGUCAGGGAGUGAUCAGUCUGCAAGCAAGGCCACAACAGCGUACUUCUCCCCACCCCCUGCAAGCCGCUCCUCAGAGCAGAGCUGGAGCAGCUCCACCACAUACUCCCGCUUCUCCAUCUCUCCAGCAAACAUCGCCAGCUUCUCCCUCACCCACCUCACAGACUCGGACAUCGAACAAGGAGGAAGCAGUGAAGAUGGAGAGAAAGACUAAAGACUGAUUGGAUGCAGUAUUUUGGCUAAAAGGACACAUUUUGUAAGUGUUAAAGAGAAUUCAGACACUUGCCUUGAAGGCUGUGAUAAGCUUCUCAGGCAACAUUAUUUCUUUGAAGAGAAACUGCACAGAGUAAUUCACUGGCAUCAACGUCCUCUAUUUUUGUUCCCUUCUUACACUUCAACAGAUGAAAUAUUACUGUUUUUCACACCUUCAUGAACUGUUUUUGAGUCUGUGGAAUCGAAGGAACCUAUUGUGCUUGACACGCUUUAAGUCUUUAAAGCGCUUCCAGAUCAUUUGUCUGUUCUUUGUGUGUGGGUAUUCCAUGUCACGUUUUGUUGACAUUUUCACUGAAUGACUGAGCUAAACUUUUCACAGAUCACUGAUCGGCCAAUAGGCUUCUACAUAGUUGUGCAAUUUUUCUCUUAUGGUUCUUGGCUUUUAGGUUGAAACACUAAAUUUUACGUGCUGAGUGUGUAAUGCUUAUCUGUUGUUAAGACCUAGCUUUGAAAUAAGAGCAGCACUCACGGCUAAAGAUAUUUUUGCACAAUGUUUUCACUAUACAUUUUCUAAUGGUGGCCUACAAUUUAUUGUACCUUAGAUGAAACUCUUGUCAACUCUGUUGUUUGAUGAGAGGUAUGGAGGGAUUAUGAUUUUUGAAAUGAAGUUGAACCAUUCCAAAAUUUUCAAAAAAGGACAAAGAGAUCUGUAGAGUGUCCGUUUGGUUAAAUGCUCACCAUGGCUGUUUCUUUCAGGAUUUUUCUAUUAGUUCAGUGUUAGGAACAUCCAUCCAUCCAUCCAGGGAGGUAAGGAGCAUCAUUUUCCCCUGAAGAGUUUUUGCUUCAGUGGGAUUUUAGGAAGUUUUAUUCUUUAUCACAGUUUAGUAGGACUGGGCAGUGUAUCAAACAAACAGCAUACAGAACUCUUUUUUUUUUUUUUUUUUUUUUUUUUUUUUUUUUUUU